AGGCGUGUCCGCGCGUGCAUUCUGACGUUAGGGAGACUUCAGCUUAGCUACUGGUCUGACAAGUUCCUGUGACUUUCUGCUUUUUUUUGCCACGAAUUUUAAUCGUCUAUAACGAUUUACCUCGACCCAUAAUGCUGAAAUCCAUCAUGGGCCAUGCGUAUGAAAUGAAACACCGGCGUGUUGUUUAAUCAUGGACACAACGGAAUGCACGAGACUUUUCCCCAAACCGAACCUGGACCCAAAACACCCUGAGACGUGGAAACGGCACAUCCUCAGGCAGCUGAAAUAUCGCGAUAAAGCUCAGAAGAUCGCCUUCCAGGAUGUGAUCCGAUCAUAUAUGAACCUGCGCGAGCGCUGCGAACAACGUGCAUUAAUCACCCAAAGCCUUAUCUCUCCUUCGAGACCGUUUUCCUCAUCUGAGGAUUUGACAUCUCUGAAGACAGCCACUGGUGAGCUUGCUUACAAAGUAGUGGAGCUGCAGCAAGAGAUUAAAAUCAAGGAUGCUUUUCUUGAAAAGCAACAUGCCAGUUUGCUUGAAACACACAACAGCCUCAUGGCUGUGGAAUUAGAAAAAGGCGGACUGCAGUCUGAUGUGAAGAAGAUGACUGAUAGCAACUUGCUCCUCAAGAGUAAGUAUGACACUCUUCAUGAGCGCUAUCAGCACUUGGAUGAAGUUUACAGGAAGGAAAAACUCCAUGGCUCAGAUAUCCUGGAGGACAUGAUUCACUUGAAAGAACAGGCUGCUGCACGCAUGAACCAUCGCAAUGAGAGAAGACUGAGAGCCAGGCAAGCUGGUCUUCAUAAGGAUCUCGAGAUGGCUUCCAGUAAGAGUUUGAACAUUGACACAGUACCCAAAAGUGUUUCAUUACCAUCAUCACCAUUACUACGCAGGAAUGAAAGAGGAGAGAAUUUGGAAAGUAGUCGUUUGCGAGCUUUCAGGUCAGCUUCGGUUGCUUCUCCUCGGAUUCUUGGUUCAAUCAAAGGUCUAUUUGAUAAGAAGAGGCGAGGUAAUUCAGUUAGCAGUUUGGAAGAGGAUCUCUACACACCUCUAGGAGUUUGCUUAGUAGCUAGAGUCCCAACCAAAGUCAUUCAAUCAGUGGAUGCUCAUGAGCUUGGCAUCAAUGCAGUGAGAUUCAGCCCGAGGUCAAAUCUGCUGGCCACAGGAGGCACAGACAGAGUGAUCAAGCUGUGGGACAUCAUCUCAGGGAUGCUGCACUACAGAGGGACACUAGAUGGGAGUAAUGAGGGCAUCACCAGCAUUGAGUUUGACUUGACGGGCAGCCGAAUUGUAGCUGGAUCGUAUGACAACUCAGCUCUAAUUUGGCAGCUGGAUGACUCGGUUCCAAAGUUUAUACUGACAGGUCAUUCUCGCAAAGUGACAGCAGCAAGGUUUAAAUGUAACCUAAGGCAGGUGGUGACUGGGAGUGGAGACAGGACUGUAAAAAUUUGGGACCUGCAACGUGCUGCCUGUAUACAAACCAUUGAGGUAUUGUCCUACUGCAGCGACAUAGUGUGCUCAGACUAUUACAUAAUCAGUGGCCAUUUUGAUAGAAAAAUACGAUUCUGGGACAGCAGGGCAUCAAGCUGCACUCAGGAGGUUCCCUUACAGGGCAGGGUGACAUCACUUGACAUCUCACCCAACCAUAGACAGUUACUAAGUUGCUCGAGAGAUGACAGCCUGCAGCUGGUGGAUCUGAGAAUGAGCAAUACCAGAAUGGCCUUCCGGGCAGAAGGUUUCAAAUGUGGAAGUGACAGCACCAAAGCUAUCUUCAGUCCAGAUGGAAGUUACCUGGCAGCUGGUUCUGCAGAUGGUGGUGUGUACAUCUGGAACAUUAGCACAGGCAACCUGGAAACACGACUACCACCCAUGCACAGAACUUCGGUUAAUGCAGUGGCUUGGUCAAUGUCGGGCGAGUAUAUGGUGAGUGUUGAUAAAAGCCGAUGUGCCAAUCUGUGGAGUGACAUCUGAAACUGGAUUAAAGUCUCUGUACUCUCUGCUGCUGAAUUACACACCAGCAUCAGUAACAUCCACACAUCCAUGUUCAGCAUGUGAGGAACAACAUGUUCUAUACACUAAAGCAGUCAUUAAAAGAGCUCCAGUGUUUCCAUUGCUAAUAGAACCAAACACCACAAGCAUGUAAAAUUUCUUUCGGUCUGGCUUUAUAAAACAGUCCAAAUUGAGUAGAUGACUGUGAAGCCAUUUAUGAUGAGACAUUUGAAAUAUUUUCCUUAAAUAUGUCAAACAUUUACUCAAUCAUAUUGUCUUAAAGAGCGAAAGCCUGUUGACAAAAAUACACAUAUAGCAAGCAAAUAGAUCGUCAUGGUUGGUAUCAUACUGAGUCACUCUCAUUUUCCAUCAGUAAUAUGAUCAGUUUGAUUAUAUAGAAAUUAUCUAAUUAUAUUUCACAGUGUAAAAAUAAAUUUUGUACAGUAUGUCUAUUUUGUAAUUUAUCAUUUACUAUAGUGCAGUAUAUAAAUACAGCAAUUUUUUUAUCUGUACCUGAUUUGUGCUGCAGUGCUUCUUCAAAUACAAUGUGUCUCAUGUUCUAAAAUUAUUCAUUUACAUUCUCAUUUGUUGAAGAUAUCCAGUGCAGUUUUUUCUGUGUAUAGGGAGUGUAUAGAUUUGUUUACAUUCUUAUUUUCAACCCACAUGUACUGACUGUCAUGGUUUAUGUACCGACUACUAGAUAAAUAAAAUUCUUUCCCUUUUUCUUACCAGCA